UGCUGCUUGGGAAGCCCUCCGUACAGCCGUUGAUGAUGGUGUGCCCCGGCAGAUACUUGUCUGUUGUCAAAAGGUCAAGCAUUGGGACGUCGUCUUCUCGAGUCCACCGGGUGUCGUACAACCACCAGCCGCUGCCGGUGUACAUUUUGUCGCACUGGCCCAGCACCGCGUUUUCUAGGGCUGUUCCUCUCAACGUGUCGAGGAUCUCUGGAUUGCCAGUGUACCGAACCGGAUCCAGGAAGUGAGAUGCCCACCAGACUGUGAUGGGAACGCGGAGGUCCCUCGAAUCUGUCCUCGUGG